AUGAAGCUGGUAGCAGGUCUUCUGUGCUUGCUGGCGUGCCUCACCACAGUGUCUUGUGAUAGGGUCUACGUCCACCCUUUCAAUUUGUUUUCUUUCAACAAGAGUACUUGUGAGGAGCUGGAAAACCUGGUCCAAGAGGGAAAGAAAACUUUUCUCCCCAUCUCCAUCGAGUCCCAAACCACUCCUGCCUAUGAAGAUGACCUGAAUGACAAGGACAAGCUGGAAGCCCCAAGCCUGAGUAGCCGAGAGAGGCAGAAACUGAGCUUCUUGAAGGACUUUGUGUCUGUCCUGGCUGCACGGUUUUACAGUGUGCUGCGGAAAGCACGGCAGAACCAAAAUGUUCUCCUGUCCCCAGUCAGUCUUUACAGCUCCUUGGUGUCUUUCUACUUGGGUGCCUCAAACCAGACAGCAGCCGAUCUGCAGCGUUUGCUGGGAUUUGUUCCCCCCUCUGGAGACCCUGACUGCACCUCCAGGGUGGAUGGACACAAAGUCCUUUCCAGCCUGAGGAUGAUUGAAAGCCUUGUCAAGAGCAGGGAUGAGGAGCUGCUCUUUUCCAAGACGCUCUGCCUGUUCUCUGCCCCUGGGGUACCUCUCUCCCAGCUGUUCAUGCAGGACUUGCUCACCUCCGCUGAUGCUCUCUACGCUAGAGCUGUUGACUUUACAAAUCCAAACGAGGCAGCAAAGCAAAUAAACGCCUUCCUGGAGGCCAAAAGCGGGAGCCAGAGCAAGUGCUUACUGACAGACAUUGAUCCUUCUGCCGACCUGCUGUUUGCAGUGGAUGUUCGCUUGGCAGUGAAUGUUAAGGAAGCUUCCCAGCUCAAAGAGCCUCAGGAGUUUUGGGUGGAUUCGAAGACGAAGGUCUUGGUCCCCAUGUUGUCAGUCUCCGGCACAUUCAAGUACAAAACUGAUGCCAGUGGGACGUUUUCUGUGGUGGAAGUCCCCAUCAGCAAGACGGCACUGCUGGUGCUGCUGCAGCCCAUCAACGGCAGCGACCUGGAACAUAUGGAGUCCGAGCUGCCACUGCAGUCCUCAGCCUGGCUUCAGCAGCUGUCCCCAAGAGAAAUAAAAUUAACGCUGCCGGAGUUAACGAUAGAGGGAAUCUCAAACCUACAGGAGAUUCUUGCAGAUAUGGAACUGCCUGCACUGCUGGGGAAAGGGGCAGAUCUCAGUAAAAUAAGUGAUACCAAUCUAACAGUUGGAAAGGUAAUAAAUAAAGCCUUUUUCAAACUGACCAGUGAUGGAACAGCUCAGCCAGAAGACCCUGCAGCACAGAAGAAAGAUGUGGUGUUCCUGGAUCUAAAAGUGAACAGGCCAUUCCUCCUAGCUGUUUUUGAAGAGAAGUCAAGGGCAAUGCUUUUCCUUGGCAGAGUAACAAACCCUCUGCAUGGGGUUUAA